AUGUUGACAGAUUCUAGCACCGGUUAUUCCUCAUUGCCCUCCAACCGUUCGAGUAUACCCUCAAAGCAAGCUGCACCUGAGGCAACUCCAGCACUUGAGCAAUACUUUAAUCCACGAAUGAUUUAUUUGUGGUUAAAAAAUCUCGAAGCAAUCAUACAUUUAUCACAAGCACUGAACGAAAAAUUAAAUUCAGAUUUUAUUUCACUGGAAUGGGUACAACAUCGUGAGGUUAUGAAAAACAACAUAAAACACACGCGAGAAAUAACGACAGAUUUGAUUAAUAGAGAAAUUUCGUUAAUAUCAAGUUAUGUUACUGAAUAUAGUUUUAGUUAUGAAUUAAUUCAAGCUAUUGGCAUAAUAAUUUUUAGACCGCCGAAUUAUGUAAAAACCAUUUGGGAUACAGUAGCAGAAGUUGUAAAUAAAAUGCAUUCUUCUCAACAGAACACAGUAUUAGAUUUGUCUGCAACAGGCCUUCCAAACAACAAAAUAAUUCCGGCAUGUAUAAAAGAAGCAUUUGAUGGAUUAACUCAAAUUGAAAACAAGCUUGAUCCUUGGGAUUCAAGGCUUGAAGAACUAUGGAAUGCUGAUAUUAAACCACCUCAAAAAGAUUUGUUGCCUUAUAGCGUACAUAAUGAUGUUGAUGAUGAUAAGCUACCUUAUUUGGAGUUUACAACGGAAAAUUUUAAGCAUUGGGGUGUAAAGGAUCCUGCGAAAGAAUUCAGUUAUGGGUGUACUUGUCGCAAUAAUUGUCGAGACAUUGAAGUGUGUUCAUGUAUACAACAUUGCGAAGCUGGAUAUCCAUUCAAAAAUGGCAAAUUAAUCAGAUCAGAUAUUGGAGCCAUUUAUGAAUGUAACUCUUUUUGUGGUUGUGAUUAUACUUGUCCUAAUAGGAACAUUCAAAAGAAUAACAUGAACGAUAAAAAUUUACAGAUAUUUAAAACUUCAAAUAGGGGAUGGGGUGUGAGAACUUUGAAACCAAUAAAAGAAGGUUCUUUUGUAACUGAACAUGUUGGAGAAAUUAUAAAUUCAAGAACAUCUAUGUUGAGGUCUAUUUGCUAUGAUAAACUAAAUAUGAUGGGUUACUUUGAUUUAGAUUAUGGAUUUGACAGUGAUAAAGGAUCAAAGAUUCUUUGGUAUGUCGUUUUGAAAUUUAUGAAUCAUUCAUGUGACGCCAAUCUUGUAACUAUUCCUUUCUUUGUAGAAACCAAAGAUAUAAGAUUUCAAAGAAUUGGAUUUUUUGCACAAAGAGAUAUUUCUAAAAAUACUGAGUUAACAAUAGAUUAUAGAAUUCAAAAUUCACAUUUUGAAUGUUUAUGCGGUUCUAAAUUUUGUAGGUAA